AUGUUGAGCCCAGAACUCCCGCAAGGGCAAGGGCUUCGGCCCAGCCAGAGCAACAUGAGCUUGGACUCGUCGGAUACUUGGACACCACAGAGCUGGCAAAAGCGUCAGGCGAUUGCGCAGGAUAUUGAAUACAAAGACCCCUUGGCACUCGAAGAAGUCUUGAACACCGUCGCCUCCUUACCGCCCCUGGUCAGUACGGUCAAGAUUGAACUUGGCCGGCAACACUUUGCGGCAGCCGCUCGGGGAGAAGCCUUUAUCCUCCAGGGUGGCGACUGUGCAGAAAACUUCCAGGAUGUGAGGCCACUGGUCGUGAAGAAGAAGGUGCGGCUGCUUCAUGAACAGUCUCGGCUGAUCAGGGACGCCUUGGGCCUGCCCGUUGUCACGGUGGGAAGAAUCGCCGGCCAGUACGCCAAACCGCGAUCCUGUCCGUUCGAAACCCUGGCCGAUGGUUCCCGUGUUUACAGCUUCCGGGGCGAAAACAUCAACGGGUUCCAUUCGGAGGAGCGCACGCCCGAUCCCAACCGACUACUGCAGGCAUAUUUCCACUCUCGGGCGACAUUGGACCUUAUGAGAGCAUGCCCGUCACUACCAACCCCCCCGUCAUGCGAUCCCGUCGUUUCGCCCGAAAAGGACCUAUUCCCCACUGAUACCCUGCAAGAGCUUGGGCAAGGGGCCAUCUUCACAUCGCACGAAGCCCUCCACUUACCGUAUGAGAGCGCCGUGACCCAUGGCCGCUACAACACGUCUGCAACCUUCCUUUGGAUCGGCGAGCGGACACGCCAGCAGAAUGGACAGCACAUUGAAUACAUCCGGGGGAUCCGCAAUCCUAUCGGAAUCAAAGUGGGACCGACCAUGCGCCCAGAGGAACUGGUUGACCUACUGGAUCUUAUACUACGCCAUCAAAACGGGCAGGAUACCCAGGAUGGUCGAGUGACCCUCAUCACUCGGCUAGGAGCCGAUCAGGUUGAGACGUUGCUCCCUCCGCUUAUCCAAGCGGUCCGAAAAGCAGGCCACAGACCCGUCUGGAUGUGCGAUCCCUGCCACGGCAAUACCAAAACCACGCCGUCGGGGAUCAAGACACGCUGUGUCGAAACCGUUGUCCGAGAGGUCAUCCAGACCUUUGAAGUUCACCGAGCCAAUGGAUCGUUUAUGGGUGGUCUCCAUCUCGAGCAGACGGGCGAAUUCGUCAUAGAGUGCGUGGACGCCUGGGAUACUUAUUGCGAGCUAGAUUUGACGACCAGCUAUCGAAGCCUUUGUGACCCGCGUCUGUCGUACGUCCAAGCCUUGACGGUGGUUCGGUCUUUCCUGGAUCAUGUCCGUCGUUCUACACAGAAACUAAUGAUCUGUAACGGCGCCUGA